ACUUUAUGUUUCUUACAGUAGGCAUAUUUUCACUUUGGUAUUGAGAGUCUCAACAGCCGGAAGUCACUCCCGGAAGUGAAUGACAUCUAAGGGAGGUUACUGCUAAUUUACUUGAAAUGCCGGUGAAGAUAAACGUCAACAACAGAAUAACAGUUGUUUUCCCGUUAAAAAUGACAAUGAAUGUAUUUGUUUUGAAGCUUAUUCACUACUUGUUAGCACUUGCAACGUUUAUGAAACAAUGUCUUUUUCGAAUUCCUUCGUUGCCAUUCAACAAACCUGACAGUUUGUCUGCUCAGACUGAUGCAAGAAAGCUGAAAAAGUUACCUUUGCAUAUUGGAAUGUUAAUUUUAGAGGAUGACAUGUCUUACACUGACAUAGCAAACUUUAUAUUGUGGUCUGCUGCAAUGGGAAUAUCGUUCAUCAGCAUUUAUGAUAAAAAUGGUGUUGUGAAAAGGAAUAAAAAGACUCUUCAAGAAGAAAUUUUAAGACAGAAAAGUUCGCACAUUGACUCUGAAUAUAGCAAAGCUGAAAUAGAUAUACAUUCCAGUUUAGAAAAAUUAACCAGUAGGGGUUCGUCAAGAAUAAAUGUUUUUCUUCUGUCUCUCAAAGAUGGACGUCAGUCUAUAGUAACUAUGGCUAGACAUAUAUGUGGUCAGGUUUCACUAAAACAGUUAAAUACUGCAGAUCUUUCAACACAUUCUUUAGACCAACUUUUUCAAGAGGAGACAGGGUACCCAGACCCUGAUUUAGCUGUAAAGUUUGGAAAUACAGAGUCUCUGAUGGGCUUUAUGCCAUGGCAUGUACGUCUUACAGAAGUUUUAUCAUGGCCGACUCAUUUUGGACUAGAGUAUAAAACAUUUAAAUCAUUGCUAGUCAGUUAUGGAUGUACAGAACAGCGUUUCGGAAAGUGAUGAUAUUUGACUAGAUAGUUAUAUUAAAAUUCAUGUUAUUGUAUAAAGAAGCUUAUCCAAGGCAUGCAUUUCCAGCUAACGUUCCCAGGGUGCAAUAUUUUACAGUAUUUGACUGUAAUGUUUAAGUGUACGCAGCUUAACUCUGGGUAGGCAUCGGCUCAAUAAAUGUGUCCCAUUACGAAUGUGCUAGAACAUCCCAUUUUCUAAGUUUGGGACAAUGAAACACAUGUUCCCUGGAAAUGAUGAUCUCUUCAUAAGAUAGCCUGAUGUAGAUACACUCUGUGUUGUAUGUAUUAAGAAUAAUCAUAUAAUCACCACAGUGACAAUGACAGUUAAAACAUGACCGUCUGCUCAGUUUAGAAAGUUUGUUUUUUAUUUCUUGAGCUAAGAUUUAACAGUGUUCACAGUACUAAAUUAUGUAGGGGGAAUUAAGAGGACUGACUUUCUUCCUCAGUGGUUUUGGCAUAGAAUGAUAAGCAUUUUGUAAUUGUUAUAUACAUGUAUGUGCUGAAAUGCAGCUAGCAUUUUAUGUGUUACUUGCUGGACAAGAAUUGAUUUUAAUGUUUGAGGUUUUUCCUAAAUUAUGAUUUAGUUGAGAAUGCAUUAGGAAAUGCUCACUGCAACUUAAUGAUUCAAGUUCUUAUGUUGUAAACAUGUUCAUUCCUCUAGUGUAAGUUAUUGCUUGUAAAGGGAUUUGUUUCUAUUUAGUGACCCAGCUAUUUAGCUUGACUAGAUAAAUAGUGACUUGUUAUAUAUGAAUGUAUUAAAUAUUAUUUUAAUGAUAGAAAAUGAUAAAAUCUGUUGAGUUUGCAUUUAUCAGCUUAAUUGGUAAUUUUUAACUUAUAUUAACAUCAAUUCUUGAUGUAACUUGUUUGAUUUAUAAAGCGUAAAAACACAGUUUCAACGUCAUCAAUAAUCAAAGCUGAAUACCUCCAGAUAAGAGAGUUUUUAAAAAAUAUAUAUAAAUUUUAACAUAUUUUUUCUACUCUGGGUGCCUGUUCAUGCCUGAAAUAAUGCUUGGAAGGGCACCUGAUAUCUUUCUGCAAUAAAUCUGAAAAGUCGCCAUAUGACCUAUACUUUGUUGUUGCGACUUAAAACCUGACAAAAAUAAAAACAUCUUUAUUGAAAGAUUACACAAAAUUUAGUUAUAUAUACAAUGAGUAGAAUGCUUUACUUGUUAUAAAUGUAACUUAUUACAGAUUUUAUAGAUUUGUUCACCAUAUUUCUACUUCAUUACUAACAGACUGCAAGUAAUGUGUUUUUUUUCCCUAAUUGACACAUUUUAUUCAUGUAAUAGGUUUAUAGGUGUUUCUUUUUUGUCUCUUGACAACAUUUUAAAUAUUUCAUUAUUUAGAAUCGAUGACUUCUAAUCCACUUACCUCUCUGGCGUGGGUUCGAUCCCCGGGAGAGGUAGUCUAGUACUGAUGUAACUCUCCAGGAACGAUGGUUAGGAAACUACCUGCCUAUAUGACUGAAAUACUGUUGGGAAAAGGCGUAAAAGGACACAAACAAACAAACAUUAUUUAGAUAUACUGGGAAAUUUCCAGUUGUCAAUAAAAUUGAGUUUAUUUUAAUAUUGUGUAAUUUUUUUUAAAGAUAUUUUGCAUAAUCAAAUAUUUCAUUGUAACAGCUUAUUAUAAGUUUACCAGUACAAUAUUUAACAUAAAUUAUGUAGAACUGAACUAAUAACAGACCCCAUACACUGUCAAAACAAGGCACCUUAACAGAAGCUUUUCAUGGUCAUUCACCCAUCAUUGACAUAUUUUACAACUUCCAAAGUCUAUCAAAAACCUAAUAACGAUUCAUGAGAAUAAAACAUUGAAAGCUUUCAAACUCCGGUGUAGAUAAGAAAUGAAAGUGAGCUAUAGUUUGAUAUAGUAAAACUAGGGAAAUCUUCUUUCAGUAUUUAUUUAUUGUCAAUUUAGAACAAUUCCCACUGGUCAAAAUCUGUAUGCAGGUUAUUUAUAAGUUAAUUGAGUGGCAUGUCACUGAGUAACUUGUCUCAAAUUGAUAAUAUACACUACAUGUAUUAAGUAUUGUAUUUGAAUGUUUUAAUUGAGUAUAUGCUAGAUAUUAUAUAAUUGUUAUGUCUAUUUUUAUAUUGUAUGCAAGGUAUAAGUGAUUUUUCAAGGGCAGAUUUCUUAUUUUUCAACAAGGGUCAAUAGAAUUUGUAUUUUAUAAGUUGUUAACAACAGUAAUUUUACUACUAAUGUCAAGGAUUUUGUUUGAAUAUCAUAUGAUGGAAUUAUUGUAAUUUUAUACAAAGUAUUAUUAUUAAACUUGAUUUUUUCAUGAAAUGAAUGGCAUGUUAAUAGCAGAAUGCAGAAUGAUAUUUUUACUUUUCAGAACGUAAUUUUAACAAAUCACAGACAUUGUUAGGAAUUUUUUUAUCUUUAAAUUUAAUAUGGAAUCUUUUUUUAACUUUUUUUCUUACAUGAAAGGUGAGGGGUUGUAUUUAUAUAAGUGUUUCUGUUAUUGCGUCAGUAUCCCUAUGUAAAAUAUUUUUACAUUAUUUUUAUACAAGGAAAUUUGUAGGUAAUCAAUAUUAUAGGUACUAGUAAUUAGAAGAGGGGGUAUAUUGUUUUGCAAAUGUCGGUCUGUCUGUCUGUCUGUCGGUCUGUCCGUCGGUAGACCACAUGGUUUCCGCUGAUUAUCUUGAAAAGUAUUUAUCACAAAGUCUUCAUAUUUCACAUUGUGAUUGGUCAUAACUAGUAGAUGACCCCUAUUGAUUUUGGGGUCACUAGGUCAAAGGUCAAGGUCACAGGGACCUUAAAUGUUAAAAUGGUUUCCGCUGAUUAUCUUGAAAAGUAUGUAUCACAAAGUCUUCAUAUUUCACAUAGUGAUUGGUCAUCACUAGUAGAUGACCCCUAUUGAUUUUGGGGUCACUAGGUCAAAGGUCAAGGUCACAGGGACCUUAAAUGUCAAAAUGGUUUCCGCUGAUUAUCUUGAAAAGUAUGUAUCACAAAGUCUUCAUAUUUCACAUAGUGAUUGGUCAUCACUAGUAGAUGACCCCUAUUGAUUUUUGGGUCACUAGGUCAAAGGUCAAGGUCACAGGGGCCUUAAAUGUCAAAAUGGUUUCCGCUGAUUAUCUUGAAAAGUAUGUAUUACAAAGUCUUCAUAUUUCACAUAGUGAUUGGUCAUCACUAGUAGAUGACCCUAUUGAUUUUGGGGUCACUAGGUCAAAGGUCAAGGUCACAGGGACCUUAAAAUGUCAAAAGGGUUUCCGCUGAUUAUCUUGAAAAGUAUGUAUCACAAAGUCUUCAUAUUUCACAUAGUGAUUGGUCAUCACUAGUAGAUGACCCCUAUUGAUUUUGGGGUCACUAGGUCAAAGGUCAAGGUCACAGGGGCCUUAAAUGUCAAAAUGGUUUCCGCUGAUUAUCUUGAAAAGUAUGUAUCACAAAGUCUUCAUAUUUCACAUAGUGAUUGGUCAUCACUAGUAGAUGACCCCUAUUGAUUUUGGGGUCACUAGGUCAAAGGUCAAGGUCACAGGGGCCUUAAAUGUCAAAAUGGUUUCCGCUGAUUAUCUUGAAAAGUAUGUAUCACAAAGUCUUCAUAUUUCAC